AUGACAUCAUCGAUGAGCAUCCUCGAGUGUUCGGUUCCUGGCCUUUUAUUUCAUUCAUUCAUUGUAAAUCCAAAAAACAACCUCUUUUCAUCAUUACCAUUCAUAAAGUUGCGUGGAGUUCAACAGCUCUCAUCACAUCUGAGCUUCAAUAAUGAAAGCAAUUACUCGAAAGAAAUUCAUCCAAAAUUAACAAAGACGAGACAAACUGCUGUGGCACGUGAAAUAUCUGUCAACAGAAAAUCUAAUAAAAUAUCAGGCAACAAAAUCUUCAAACUUGAAAUUUGA